CCACUCCCUCUCUCUUAUCCUCCCCCACCCCACCUCCUGUCUGCCCACACAUCCGCCCGUCCGCACAACCACUCCCGCAUUGCGCUUCUUCAUCCUCCGCGUGCGUGGGCUACUCCCAUCUCCCCCGCCAACCACCAAGACGGCCUUGCGCCAAGUUCCCCUUGCACUGCGGCUUACCCCGCUACCGUCACCAAGACUCCCUCGCACUCAUGUCCGUCAUCUACAAGAAGACUGAGCGCGAGCGCGAGUGGGAGACCGGCUCCGCACGCACUGCCGGCGGUGGCUACAGCACCAUCAGGCGCUACAAGGUCCCCGAUCGCACCCUCGAGGAAGAUGCGUACGAAUCCGAGAUGCGUCUGGUCCAUCGCGGCCGCAACGACUUUGAAGAGCGCCGCUCCGUCAAGGACUUUGUAGUGGAGCGAAACGUCGAGCCUGCUCGCGAAGUCCGACACUAUCACUACACUGAGCGCUCCCCCUCGCCCCAACGCUCCGAGUAUCGCAUCCAGCGCGAGUAUGAGCGUGAAUACGAGGUCCCAGCCUCUCCAGCACGAACUGAGAUCCGGAUUGCGCGGGACUACGAGCGCGACGAGGAAAUCUUUCCACGCGAGCAGCCCUACGAACUGGAAAAGUACUCGAGGUCCACCGAGUAUUUCCGCCCCGAGCCGCUGCCACAGGCCCCACCCCAGUCCAUCUAUAUCCGAAACGAGGCCCCUCAGCCCAUGCAGAUGCAGAUGCAGCCCAUUAUUAUCCGGGAAGAGGUCCCUCAGCCCAUCAUCAUACGUGAGCGUGCCCCGGAGCCCGUCUAUGAAGAAGAGAGGCAGGUUGUCCGAGCCCCCAAGGAAGAAGAAUAUUACUACGAACGUCGCUACAAAGAGGUGGAUCGUGGAGACCGCUACGAUGAGCACCAAGGCUACUAUAGUGACGAUGAUGUUUACAUCUACAAGGAGAAAGAUACGUGGGGCGAAAGUGACACCCACGUCAAACGUGACGUCGCUGCCGGUGCGCUUGCUGGAGUAGCGGCAGGCCAGAUUAUCAGACACCAUCGCAAGAGAAAGGGCGAAGCCCCUGGAGGCGUCCUCGGCAAUGCCCUCGGCUACGGCACGCUGGGUGCUGUGAGCGCCGUGGCUCUCGACCGCCUCAACAACCGUUCCCAUUCCCGAUCUCGAUCCGUCUCUCUAGACAGGGGACGGGGACACAGACGCCACAAGUCUCGUCACCGCAGCAGGUCCAGGGCCAAGGAGAUUGGUACUCUUGCUGCUAUUGCUGGCGUCGGCGCUCUUGCCUACGCCGCUGGACAACGAAACAAGAAGGUCAACAAGGAGGAAACUGUCACGAUUAUCGAAGAUCGACACCGCAGCAGAUCACGUCACGGCAGAUCGCACCACACCAGAGGGCGAAGACGGUCGCGGUCUGUCUCGAUUGUGGAGUCUGACAGGAGUUUGUCUCGUAGUUCGAGCAAGCACAUGGACCCAGAGCAUCGCAACAACCGAGUGGCACAAGUCGGCCUCGCUAGUGCCAUCGCUGCUGGCCUCGCUGAGCGCCGACGCAGCAAAUCCCGGAAGCGUGAGGGCAAGCGCUCUCCAAGCCGGAUCCGCAAGGGUGUCCCGAUUGCGGCUGCUGGUGUGACUGGCGCCGCAAUCACUGGACUCUAUGAGAAACGCAAAGCUAAGAAGGAAGCUAGGGAAUUAUCGCGUUCGAAAUCAAGAUCGCGCUCAAGAUCGAGGUCAGUCCUCUCCCGUCUUACCGGGCGCAGCCGUAGCAGGCGUAGAAGUACAGUGAGUGAACCUGUCUUAGUAGAGUACGGUGGUGAUCCCAUCUACACCGAUCGCCCAGCGAGAAGCCGAAGCCGCAGCCGGGAACGGAACCGUUCGCGCCGCAGACGCCGACGAAGCUCUUCCUCGAGUGGCAGGAGCCGCAGCCGAAGCAAGAGUAGAGUACGAACGGUUGCGGAAACUGCUGCGGUGGCUGGCGUUGCUGGCUUGGCUGCUCAUGAGGCCACCAAAAGACGAGACCGUAAGAAGGCCGAAAAGGAAGCCGAAAGACGACGCGAGGAGGAUUCGACAUACUCGACUGGCACCUACAGUCCCUACGAUUCCCCUUCACCCUCGACGGCCCACGCCGAGGACUCGCGCUAUUUCCCAGAGACGAACUACUUUCCCCCACCCCCUAACGCCUCAGCUGAUCCCAACAUCCACAACCCAUAUCCGCCGUACAACCCAGCCGACUACCCCCCUGGACCCAACCAUUCCUCGCAAUACGUCAAUGUACCACGUGACGAAUCCCACAUUGGAAAUCCCUAUGUGCCCCCCCAACACCAAGAUCACUACUACGGUCCACCCCGUCGUAUGGAUGGUAAUGUGAGUGCUCCAGCCCCUGAUCGAGCCGGUAGUGAGCACGAUAACCUUGCUUCUGAACGUGGGCCCGUAGAUCAGCCACCCAGUCCAAGCCCGGCUCCAGAAGAGGAAAAGAGCGUCAAGUUCAAUCUAGAGCCGCAGGUGGAACCCGCUCGGGAGCCUUCUCCUGAUCCUUCGUCCGAGAGGGAUGGCAGCGAUGCGGAACGUCAUGAGCAGCGGCGACAGAGGCGGCACAGAGACGACGAGCCUUCGCAUAACACAAGAGAUUCCAGCAGGGACCGCAGGCGACGCCAUCGGGAUGAAUCACCUGGAUCUGAUACAUCUGAAGCCACUAUCGAGCUCCCGCCACGCUUCGAUGAGCACGGGCGACAGACGCCUGACGAUCCCCUGGCCGAUACACUGGAGAGCAUUCUGUCUUCAAUAUUCCUAUAGUUUUCAUGUUUUGGUGGUUUUCUUUGAGUACACGAGUUUAAUCUGUUUCAUGCUGCCACGGUUGAUACGGGGUAUGCCCAUAUAAUUCUUUUUCUACUACAUCUCAUAUUUUACGAGGCACGUUCACAUGAGCGUUGGAUAAUAGGCAUGAAGUCAUGAUAUCAUGUAGAUUUGGCUAGGAUUUAUGCUUACGAAUAACGAACUCAAUUACGAUC